AUGCGGAGAAGUAUGUACUGGGUUGUAUUUUUAGUGGCGGCACUACAGGGUAUUCAUUUAGUGUCGGGGCAGGAUAUAGUGAAUCAAAAGGAAUUUGAAGCGUUGUGUCGAAUUGUAAAUUGGGCAGAAAAGGGACUGAAGCAGAUAACUUUGGCACGACAGGUUACCCAAGAAGCUCAGAAAAUAGGCGUGAGAUAUCUUGAAGUAGUCGGUGAGGAAAAUGCUGCUGAGCUCGCCAAAACACAAGAAGAUUCUUGUGCAUAUAAAAGGGAGGUUGGCGGAAGGAAUUGUGUGCUGUACAAAACAUUUUGGCAACAUGCGCAGGAAGCAUUGAAGGGGACUGCCAGAUCGUCAGUCCAUCACAGAGCAAUGAAUACAUUGGAAUAUCAUACAAUUGAAAAAAUAAAAGAAAAAGCAAUGCACGGGGCAGAUAUAUAUCACGAUGUUGGAGCGGAGAGUCUGUCAGUAAAGGUGGAAAAGAUUGAGCGGAAAAUCAAUCAAGCCCUUUAUGGAAUGGAAUAUUUCACCGAAGAAAUAAAGCCAGGAGGAGACAGGAGCAGAGUGUGCGGUCAAAGCUCGCGUAGUGAAAUGAUUAUUGGAGGAAACUCACUGGCCGUGGACUUUUUGUGCUUGUGUGCAAUGCACAGUUCUUGGAAUGGAAUAAAGGUAUGCUGCACAGACUGCACUACGGGAGAGAAUAGCAAUGAAUGGGACCCAGAAUCAAACGGAGUACAACGUUGGAAAUUUUUGAAACAGAAAUGUGCUGAUCAUAAUCCAAAUUAUUAUGACACGGAGAAAAGACUGCGUAAUGCAAAACAGAAUUUUAUGGAUACAGUAACAACGAUACAUGGAAGAGGAGGAAGAACUUUGUACAAACUUGGGAAAAAGCAAAGCAGUGAAGUAAACAACUGCGGGGCGGGUACUGGCCGCGGGCAAGGAAUAUGCGUGCUAUAUAAGGGACAUGGAGAGGAGCUGCCCUGGAUGAAAGCGUUGGUAGAGGUCGAAAAUGAGAUGGAAGUUCUGCUUCAAGACAAACACAAUAAGUCAGCAAAACUAGAGAGAAUUAAAGAGCUAAGUCAAGAGAUAGAAAAGUUAAUCAAAGGUGAUCCGGGGCGAGGAGGCCAACGGGGAAGACAGAAACGCAGUGUCAAUCCCGAGAACAGUGUCCCAGAAACCCCAGCUGACCCGAGCGAUCCGACACAGUCAGUCCCACAUACCAAUGAAAAAAAGCGAAGUGUAAGGAAACCGAUAUCAACAGGUAACGGUGCAACCAAAAGCUACAAUAGCGAAGAGGAUGAUUCUUACGAAUAUGAGUGCGAGGGAGAAAACUCAGCAUGCUCAGAUUCGCCAGCAAAACCAACAGUAAAAAACAGCAAAAGUGCUAUAAAUUGUCCACUGGGAUUAAUUUUGCUUUUGGUAUAA